UACUUUCUUUAAAAACAACAACCAAAACAACUCUGAUUAUAAUAAUUGUAUACAAAUUGUUUUCAAAAUAUUUACAAUUAUCAGGAUUGAGUUGCGAAUGUAUUACGUUUUAUUAACCUAUUGUUUGAAAAUACCAGCAGAUGGCCGAUUUUAAAGAAGGAAAAAUCAUUGAUAAUUCAACAAAAUCUUUUACCAAAUCGACUGAAACAAUGGAUAGAAUUAAUUUUGAACAAACAUCAACAGAUUGUCGGACAAACACUCAACAAAAAGAAGAAGUUAAUAAUAAUGAAAAUGAAAACAAUGAAUGGAAAUCAAAAUCCGAAUUAAGGACAACGAGAUUGUCAUCAUCAAUGUUGGAAAAAGAAAAAGCAUUAGAUAUUCAUGUUAGUGAAAAUCAUUUUUUAAUCAAUCAUCAACAACCUUCCACUAGUCGUAUUGAUCAUCAUAUUGUGGACAUAUCAUCAUCAUCAUCAUCAUCACCUAAUGCUGCUCCUGUGAAUGCUAUGGUGGCCAUAUCUUUGUCAUCAACACCAUUAAAAUCUCAUUCAACAUCUCUGUCAAAAAUUGUCUCAAUUUGCCUUGACAACCAUAAAGAUAAUAAUAUUGAUAGCCAACAAGUUGACUCAGUGGUCGUUUGUAACAGUGAUAAUCAUGCUCAACAACUACAACAACCACAUUAUCCUUGUCAUCAGCAACAAAUGAUCCGAACAAUAUCGAAUGGCCAACAACCAAACAAUAUUCUUGAAAUUGAACGAAUCAAUUUGGACGACGACGACGAUGAUGAUGGCAUUGAUAAAAUUAACAAAAGACAUGGUAGUAGUUAUCGACAUCAACAUAAACAUCAAAUGAACAGCAGUGAUACGGACGAUACAGAUGACGAUGAUGCUGGUGUUCGUGAUAAUAUUCGUCGAUUGAACCCUGUUACAAGUGGUGAUGCUGGUGGCAUUACAUCGCUCAUUACCACCAGUGGUUCCAGGCGACAGUCUCAACAAUCAUUAUCAUCAAAUCAGAAUAUUGAUUACCUAUUGUCAUUGUUACCACCGAAUGAAUUAAAUAUGGAAAUGCCAUUUGAAGAUCCUAUACAGAUUCGUGGAAAUGGUAACAUUACAUUGUUUGGCCUCUCGAAUUGCUAUCAAUCAUCAUUUCCAUCGGCAUUGUUGGGUCGUGUUUCUAAGGAAGAAUUUGAAUACACUAUUGGCCGUAUCAAUCAUUUGUUACAACAGCAACAUUCCACCAACAUUAAAUUCUUGUUACUUGGAUGUCUUUGUUGCUGUUUUUCAUUGGGAUGUUCAUUAUUAUGGCCCGGAUUUGCCUUAUCACGACGAACGAAAAAUUCAUUGGAAAAGCUUUUGGCCAUGGAAAAUUCUCGUUUGUACAACAAAUUAGGAUUAAAUUGGCGGCUAUCGAAACAACCAUCACAUACAAAUCAUUCAUUUAUGGAAUACAUUUUGAUCAUCGAUUUUCUACCCAAAAUGCACAUCUAUCAACCAGAUUGAUUUUUGUUACGAUCAAAUCGUAGUUUUCACACAGUAAAUGAUCAUAAUAAUUAUGUUAAAAGUCAAACUGUUUAUACCUCCUACCUCUCCUAUAUUUUUUUUUCUUUCUUUCACCUUUUAUUUGUUGCUAAAUGUUUUAAAAAAUAUGAAAAUUAUUAUUUGUCAUUAAAAAAAAUGUCACAAGUCUAAUUGUGUAUAUUGCAAAAUAUUAA